AUGUGGCGGAGAGCGUACCUAUUUCUGGUGCUGGUCAGGCUGUGGUUCGCCCUGUCGCCCAGCUACCUGCACCCCGACGAGAAUUUCCAGGGCCCAGAGGUCAUCGCAGGCCAAAUCUUUAGUUACCCGGUACGGCACACAUGGGAAUUCACGAAUGAGCACCCGAUACGAAGCGUCUUCCCCUUAUGGCCCGUCUACGGCCUGCCCAUGAUGUUGCUGAGAUGGCUGUGGAUCGGUAACGGCAAGGACGGCGAGAUCCCCCCAAUCGCAGUCUUUUGGACCCUUCGCGUCCUCAUGUUCGUCACCAGCUUCGUGCUGGAGGAUUGGGCCAUUCAUGAGCUCAUCAGCUCUCCACGACACCGUCGCGUUGCUGUGCUCCUGGUCGCCUCGUCCUAUGUCACAUGGACGUACCAGACGCACACAUUCUCCAACUCGGUGGAGUGUCUCGUUGUUGCUUGGUGCUUGGUCUUGAUUCAGCGCAUUGUCGAGAGCCCGCAACAAUCAUCGCUUCUUGCUUCUACAAUUCUCGGCAUAGUGGCCGUCUUUGGAUUGUUUAAUAGAAUUACUUUCCCGGCGUUCUUGUUGAUUCCGGGACUUCGCUUGAUACCCCAUUUUCUCAAUAGACCCAUGUCCUUCGCCGUGAUGGUGUUGGCAGCUUUUACAACUACCUUGGUCGCCAUCACCCUGGAUACGGCAUUCUACCUCCCUGAACCCAUCAAGUGGGCAGACCUCAUCUCACGGCCAGUCAUCACGCCACUCAACAACCUCAUGUACAACAUCGACACAGACAACCUUGCGCAGCAUGGGUUGCACCCCUGGUACCAGCACCUACUGGUCAACAUUCCCAUGCUGAUCGGCCCAGCUGCGAUGUUGCUCUUCACUCAGCCAUACCUCUCAUUACGACUCUACUCGGCCAUCUCUGGUGUCUUUGUGCUGUCUAUCUUCCAGCACCAGGAAGCACGAUUCCUGCUGCCCACCGUCCCGCUCAUCCUCUCAUCAGUGCACCUUCCGAAGAAUCGGACUGUCGUUCGCGUGUGGAUCGGGGUGUGGCUUGCUUUCAACUUGAUCUUUGGCAUUCUCAUGGGUGUCUACCAUCAAGGCGGUAUCGUGCCGGGCCAGGUAUUCCUGAGCAAGCAGCCAGACGCGACGCAGGCCGUCUGGUGGAAGACCUAUACGCCACCCAUUUGGCUUCUUAACGGCAAGAAUGAGGUCCUCACGACACGCGACGUGAUGGGUAUGAAGGGCGACACGCUCCUCGAGGAGCUGACCAAGUUGGCUACCUGCGACACGCCGGCGGAUCGACGCAACUCGGAGUAUUUGAAGGAGAAGAACGGGACAUAUCUGAUCGCACCAGCAUCAGCGACGUGGAUAGACCCCUACCUUCCCAACAAGGGACUGAAAGGCCUACGAUUCCGCGAGGUAUGGCGUUACAGGCAACACUUGAACUUAGACGACCUCGACUUUGGUGACGACGGCAUCUGGAACACCCUGACGAGGGUGAUUGGCAGACGUGGCCUCGUCGCCUGGCGUGUGACGAAGAGUUGCAAGUGA